AUGGUAACUUCUAGAGAUUGGACAAGCUCAACUUAUUCUAAGGAGGCCAAGGCAAAAAAAUUUGUGGAACAAGUUUUAGAUUCUAAUUUUUGGAAACAAUGUGCUGAGAUUGUGAAGCUUACUGAGCCACUUAUUCGUGUGUUACGUAUUGUUGACAGUGAAAACAAACCUGCCAUGGGUUUUCUUUAUCAAGCUAUAUUUAAAGCUAGAGAGGAGAUGAUAAAGAGAUUUCAAAGAAACAAGAAGAAGGUGGAGCCUUACUUGCAAAUCUUAGAUCGUCGUUGGGAUUCACAGCUUCGCAAAAAUCUUCAUGCUGCUGGUUAUUGGUUGAACCCAGGUUGUCGUUACAAUGAUGAAGAAUUUGAAAAACAUAAGUUCACAACAUCAGGCCUUUUGGAUGUCAUUGAGAAAUAUGCUUAUGGGGAUCCUGAUUUAAAUUCUAAGUUGACAAGUGAGAUGAGAAUAUUCAAAAAUGCUGAGUUAGAUUUUGGAAGGCCAUCUGCUAAACGCGAACGAAAUACCGUGAUGCCAAAUCAAUGGUGGGGAUCUUAUGGAUGUGGUGCACCAAAUUUGCAAAAAUUGGCUAUUCGUGUUUUAAGUCAAACAUGUAGUGCUUCAGGUUGUGAACGCAAUUGGAGUGCAUUUGAACAUAUUCAUUCGAAUAAGAGAAAUAGAUUAGAGCACCAAAAGCUUAAUGAUCUUGUCUAUGUCCGUUACAACUUGAGGCUGGCACAAAGGAAUCGAUUGAAGAAUCAAAACUAUGAUCCAAUAAAUUUUGAAACAUUUGAGCUGAAGAAAUGGAAACCUUACGGAAUGAGCUUGCAAAUAUAUCAAUUAAAUUUGGAUGAUGAUGAUGAAGAUGAGGCACAAGACAACAUCAAGGAAAAUGCAAAUCAAACUGAAGGCAAUGUUGGUCAAGCUUUGGAUUUAUUUGAUGAAGGAGGAGAGGAUGAAUUAAUUGACACAACUUUGCCUCCGUGGGCAUAA